UUUUCUGUUGAUUCGUGUUAAGAUGGAUCGUGUUUAGUUCGUCAUAUUGCGAAUUGCUCUUUUAGGGCACAACUUAAUAUUGUAGUGAAUACUCUUUUUCGUAAUAAAAAUGUUUGAUAAUCUAACCUACUGGUAUUAUAUUGAAACGAAAUUUGUUUUAUAGCAAAACAAUAUCUUUAAUUUGACGUAGAUUGACAACAUUAUCGUUUCGCAAGUAGUUACCACGGUGUCUUAUUUGUGUACUAUUGGUGAAAAACGUUUGCUUUAUUGUAUUCUGUUGUUGGCUGGUCAUUGUUUACUGCCAUAUUUGGGUAAUCUAUUUACGGUGUGAUAAUAUUACGUGUUUUGUGAACGUGGUCAUUGGUAUCGACUCGAUUGUAUGUGAAUGUAAAUUGUGAUAUCGCUGUCGUUUUGUGUUUCGAUUUCGAGCCAUGCUGAUGCUUUAUACGUGUUUCUCCGGAGCUGUCUUUCGGCUGGAGUGUUUAAUACUGCGGCAGUUCGUGAUCGCCGCUCAUCAUGCUGCGACCGGAGUCGCCGCUCGCUGACCAUCGCAGCCUGCUGCCGCGUCGCCUGCUUCCCGUUAAGGCACAAAUCGCCCCCGCCGAUAAGCGGAAGAACAGGCGCUCGCUAGAGCUCAAUCCGCCCAAUGAACACGCCCCAUACGACUACCCAAAGCUGCUCAUAUCUAAAACAACCGACUCCCUAAACACAGAAUGCCCUCGAAAAAUCAUCCACAAGCAAGAUUCCACUGAUAGCUUAAAACGUGCUCUGCUUACGAAAGAUGACAAGAAAGCAGCAAAGGAGGCCGACAAAAAGUCUGUCACCAAACAAGACUCCAGCGAGAGUCUAAAGAAAGCGUUGCUCAGUAGACAGGAGUCGAACGAUAGUGCGAAACGAAAAGAAUCCGAUCCAAAAUGGACCCAGCGGCAAGAAGACUUAAAAAGGACAGCAGAAGUUAAGCGAGGUAGCGAUAAGAAAGGUCUGUUGGAGACAGAUUCUGAUGAUUCAUGUAAAAGAAUAUACGAGAGAAGGUCGGGAUGUGCUCGACCAACUUUACCACCAGUCGCGGAGAAGAGCGUGCCCUCUCAGAAAUCCCCUAAUGGGAGUCCGAAGACUCCUGGAGUGGCGGCCGUUGCGGAAGGCGUUGUUAAGUGGGGUAGUGGAUUGUUGUCGCCGAAAGAGGAGCCCAGACUGAGGCCGGCCAGGAGCUGGUAUGGAUACGGGACUCUGCCGACAGAUGGCGAUAAGAUGGGAGCAGGCGCGACGGGCCCGGGCGGACGACGCGCGCUCGAGUUGCUAUUGAGCAGUGGACUCAAGUCCCUUGCUCGGCCAGCCAGGCCGGUGCGCCGUGCCGCCUCACGCGACUCCGUGCUCUCACAACCCCAGCCACUGCUUGAAGGUCUUCGUAAAUGUUCGACUGUUCUUGCAUUGAGCGAGCGCGAGCGGGUCGGCGAGCCGAUGCGCGCGCAUAACCGCUUGCGAGCGCCCUCCGUCUGCUCCCGAUGCUCCUCGCUGUUAUCGCUCGCCGGCGCUGGAGGAUCCAGGUACUCUCUGGACGGCGCCGGGGGCGGGUUCGUGCCGGCCGCGCCCGUCAACUGCAAGCUGUGCCUGGAGGACACGCCACCGGACAAGGUCACCGUCAUCCAGGGCUGCGGGUGCUCCUUCUGCACAAAGUGUAUGAAAGCGUACGUGGAGUUUGAGGUGUGUAAUGGUGCGUACGAGGUGUCGUGCCCAGACGCAUCCUGCCGCGUGGGGGCAGCGCUCUUCAUCGACGAGAUCUCCGCCCUCCUCGACUACUCCUUGGUCCAGAAACAUCUCAGGUUCCGACUCAACCAUGAGGUGUCAAUGGACGUUAGCCGCGCGUUCUGCCCGCGCGCCGGCUGUGACACUGUGGUGACGGUGCGGGCCGCCAGCCCCGCGCACUGUCCCACCUGCCGGCACGAAUUCUGCUCGCAGUGCAACCAGGAGUGGCACGGUGAACUAUCGUGCGAGGCGGCGGCGGCUUCGUCAUCGGGCGCGGGCGCACCGCUACUAGCUGAGUCGGAACUCAUCAAGCUGUGCCCGAUGUGUCGCGUGCCCAUUGAGAAGGACGAGGGUUGCGCCCAAAUGAUGUGCAAACGGUGCAAGCACGUCUUCUGCUGGUACUGUCUGGCUUCCCUCGACGACGACUUCCUCCUGCGUCACUAUGACAAAGGCCCCUGCAAGAACAAGCUGGGACACUCGCGCGCCUCCGUGCUCUGGCAUCGCGCUCAGGUGGUGGGGAUUUUCGCGGGCUUCGGGCUGCUGUUGCUGGUGGCCAGCCCUCUACUGCUGCUCGCUGCGCCCUGCAUCGUCUGCUGCAAGUGCAGACUGUGCAAUCCAAAUACGAAGAAUCUGGAAGAAGUUGAGGAAAUAGAGAGCAUCAGUCCGGCGCGCGACGACGAUGACGAGGAGAUAACGCGUGCUACACGCUACAUCUCCGACUGACGUACGAAUACAUAUUAAAUGUCCAAAAGACUAACAUUUGAUCGAAACACUUCAGUAAACUUGUGCAGCUUUCAGCCUAUUUGUGAAAUUGCCAUCGCGAUAUAUGUGUCAAAGGAAAACGGAUGCAGUGUGUUUAAUAAUAAGGUCUAAUUUUAAUUUAUGUGUCUGUUAAAGUUUACGGUUGAUUUUCAACAGUUGCCAUAAGUUUGUACUACUGUUU